UCGUCGCGUUUCUCUUAAGCUUCUCUUCUCUCUCUCUUUCAAAUUUCGUCGAGUCUCUCUCGCUCUCUCCGUUUCUUCGCGGUCUCUCUGUCAGAUCUCUCUCGGUUACUUCCUUCGUAGUGAAGCAAAAAUGGGGUUGAGUUUCGCCAAGCUGUUUAGCCGGCUUUUUGCCAAGAAGGAGAUGCGAAUUCUGAUGGUUGGUCUUGAUGCUGCUGGUAAGACUACUAUUUUGUACAAGCUCAAGCUAGGAGAGAUUGUCACCACCAUCCCUACUAUUGGUUUCAAUGUGGAAACUGUGGAAUACAAGAACAUCAGUUUCACCGUGUGGGAUGUCGGGGGUCAGGACAAGAUCCGUCCACUGUGGAGACACUACUUCCAGAACACUCAGGGUCUUAUCUUUGUCGUGGAUAGCAACGACAGAGACAGAGUUGUUGAGGCUAGAGAUGAACUCCACAGGAUGCUGAAUGAGGACGAGCUGCGUGAUGCUGUGUUGCUUGUGUUUGCCAACAAGCAAGAUCUUCCAAAUGCGAUGAACGCCGCUGAAAUCACAGAUAAGCUUGGCCUUCACUCCCUCCGUCAGCGUCAUUGGUACAUCCAGAGCACAUGUGCUACAUCAGGUGAAGGGCUUUAUGAAGGUCUGGACUGGCUCUCCAACAACAUCGCUGGCAAGGCAUGAUGAGGGAGAAAUGGCUUUGCAUCGAGAUGAUUCUGUCUGCUGUGUUGGGAUUUCUCUGUUUGGAUGCAAGAGAGAUUAUAAAUAUUAUCUGAACCU